AUGAUGUUCAAACCCACCGCCCUCCUAGCAGCCGUCCUGCUCGCCACAAUCGGAAUCUCCGCCCAGGCAUUGGACUCCGCCCUCUCAGCCCGCGACCCCCAGCCCUACACAGGCUGCGACAACAUUGGCGUCGCGCAGCAGGAAACCGACACGGCGGUCAACAACCUCGGCUACUACGGCAACUACAGCACCUUAAACUACUACUCCUGCGACUGCGACACGGUAGCCUUCUUCUGCAUCUGGAAGUCCGGCCCCAUGCUCAACAGCACGGCCAUGAACAACGUGCUGGCACACGUCACGACUCAGUGCGGUCCGUACCAGGCCGGCUCGUCCUCUGAUGGACCCAAUGACAAUAGGACCUAUUCGUAUGGGUACACCAACUGGCGCAACAAGGACUACUGCAAUGUCCCUGCGGGCACGAGGAUCACGGCGUCGAACCAGGUGCACAAUGCUUAG